AUGGAUGAAUACGAGUUAGACCGUGUAGCAACGAACAAUCCAGCUCUAUGGCCCCCGACAUCCAAUGGUACACCGGUGCAGCGCUCUAAAUCGAGGAAUUCACGAGGAAUGAACGCACCAGCUCCGGGCUCCAACGAUGAUGUUAUCCCAGAAGAUGAUGAUGAUGAAUAUCCCUCAAAAUACAAUGUCGGUUGGCGUCGCAUAGUCCGCAACUUCUCGCCCUCCUGGUUCUCCGUCACCACGGGCACCGGCGUCGUCUCCUUACUCUUCAUCUCCAUCCCCUUCCAGGCCCCCUGGCUCUACUGGCUCUCCGUCUUCUUCUUCGGCCUCAACACGCUCCUCUUCUCCUGCGCCCUACUAAUCUCCCUCUUCCGCUACAUCGCCUACCCGGAAAUCUGGCCGGUCAUGAUCGCCGACAGCGCCAACUCGCUCUUCCUCGGCACAGUCCCCAUGGGCUUUUCCACGCUGAUAUCCGCGUGGUGCUCGCUGUGCAUUCCAUACUGGGGGUCCUGGGCGGUUACGUUUGCGUGGGUGUGCUGGAUGCUGGAUGCGGCGGUGGCGGUGACGGUUACGAUUUCGCUGACGGUGCUGCUGAUUUCCGCAUCGAGGAGGCAGGCGCUGGACAAGAUCACCGCGGCCCAGCUGCUGCCUAUCUCGGCGUCGGUGGUUGCAUCGGGAGCGGGAGCGAGAGUCGCAGAGCACUUGAUCAAUCCCGAGCAUGCGCUUGGGACGAUACUGGCGUCCUAUAUUAUGUGGGGUAUGUCUGUGCCGCUGUCUUUGACAGUCAUCGUCAUGUAUUAUACUCGUUUGGCGUUGCAUAAACUGCCGCCACGCGAGAUUAUUGUGUCGUCUUUUCUGCCGCUUGGUCCGUUGGGGUUGGGUGGUUAUGCUGUUGUACACCUUGGAUCGGCAUGUCGUCGUAUCUUUCCGCAGACUGGAUCAUUCUCCGAGAUACCAAUCGCAGGAGACGUCUUCUUUGUCAUUGGCAUAUUUAUAGCACUUAUCAUGUGGUCAUUUGGACUAACAUGGCUGUGCUUUGCCCUGGCAUCUAUAUACAAGUCCCGUCCGAUCCCGUUCUCCAUGGGAUGGUGGGGUUUCACGUUUCCUCUGGGAGUUUUCGCACUCAGCACCAUUGAACUUGGCCACAUCAUUCCGAGUAUGUUCUUCCGGGUCCUAGGGACAAUCUUCUCAAUCGCCGUAAUCAUCCUCUGGUGUGUCGUCUUUGUUGGAACAGUAAGAGGCGCAUGGACCGGUCAUCUAUUCUACGCGCCUUGUUUGAAAAACAUACCAAAGAAACAAGGCACAGCACCGGAUACGGCAGAGCAAGAGAAGGAGAUUCACGCAAACACAGCAUCACGGUAG